AUGCCAACCCUCAUGAAUCUUGAUCUUGGAAAACAUUUUUGGGCCUUCACGCUCCUUAUGUUAUCGAUUGUUAUCCUUGUCCAUUCAAUAAACGAAGAGGGUGCUGUACUUUUGGAGUUCAAACUCUCUCUUGCUGACCCAAGUAGCAAUCUUCAUAAUUGGAAUCCAUCUGAUUCGUUUCCUUGUGCUUGGAUCGGUAUAGGCUGUACCGAUGAUCAUAAGGUAAAUUCUAUAAACCUCCAUGGCCUUAAUUUAUCUGGCUCUUUAUCGUCAACCAUUUGUAAGCUUUCGUUUUUAACUGAAUUGAACAUGUCCAAGAACUUCAUAUCUGGUUCCAUUCCUAAAGGUUUAGCUUCCUGCCAACAUUUGGAGGUUUUAGACCUCUGCACAAAUAGAUUUCGUGAUGAUUUCCCCACUCAAAUAUGCACAAUUUCCUCCCUAAAAGUGCUCUCCUUAUGUGAAAAUUAUAUUGGUGGUCAGAUACCUGAUGACAUUGGGAAAUUGAUUUUGUUGGAAGAGCUUGUUGUUUACAGUAAUAAUCUCACUGGGAUGAUUCCCAAGUCCAUUGGUAGAUUGAAACAGCUUAAAAUAAUCAGGGCGGGUGUAAAUUCUUUGUCGGGGCCGAUUCCUAGUGAGGUCGGUGAAUGUGAAAACCUGCAGGUUUUUGGGUUAGCACAGAAUAAUUUAGAUGGUCCAUUUCCUAGAGAGCUUCAAAAGAUCAAGAAUCUGAGUAGUUUGGUCCUUUGGCAAAAUCUUUUAUCUGGCAAAAUUCCUCCCGAGAUUGGGAAUUUCAGCAGCUUGGAAUUACUUGCACUUCAUGCAAACUCUUUCUCUGGAAGCAUUCCAGAAGAAAUUGGUAAGCUCACACAACUGAAGAAGUUGUACCUGUAUACGAACCAGUUGAACGGUACAAUUCCACAAGAACUAGGGAAUUGUCUAAAGUUAGUUGAGAUUGAUCUUUCUGAAAACCAUUUAACUGGGGUUAUCCCAAAAAAGUUGGGCCAGAUAACAAACCUCCGCCUGCUUCAUCUUUUCGAAAACCUCCUGGUGGGUGGCAUUCCAAAUGAGCUUUCACAUUUGAAAGAGCUUCGGAAACUAGACUUGUCGAUAAAUAACCUGACAGGGGAAAUUCCUUCAGGCUUUCAAAACAUCUCAUUCUUGGAAAGUUUUCAGCUUUUUGAUAAUCAUCUUGAGGGAAGCAUCCCUCCAUUGAUAGGAGCUAGUAGUAACCUCUCAGUUCUUGACAUAUCCAUGAAUAAUCUUGUGGGAACCAUACCUCCACACCUUUGCAAAUUUCAGAAGCUAAUGUUUCUAAGCCUGGGAUCGAAUAAGUUAUCUGGCAACAUUCCCCGUGAUCUGAAAUCAUGCAAAUCUCUUAUACAGUUGAUGUUAGGAGACAAUUUGCUUACUGGUAGCCUCCCUCUUGAGUUCUCCAACCUUUAUAACCUUUCCGCUCUUGAACUACAUCGAAACCACUUCACUGGGCCUUUACCCUCAGAAAUAGGCCAGUUAAAGAAUUUGAAAAGACUUCACUUGUCUGACAAUUACUUCUUUGGUCACAUUCCUCCUGAAAUCGGGAAUUUGGUUCAGCUUGUUACAUUCAAUGUCUCUUCUAAUCAGCUUUUUGGGGACAUUCCUCAGGAGCUGAUGAAUUGCUUAAAUCUCCAGAGACUUGACCUGAGCAGGAACUGGUUUACAGGCCAAGUUCCUUCUGAAGUUGGCAAUUUGGUAAAUCUUGAGUUGCUCAAGUUGUCGGAUAACAGAAUGAAUGGACCAAUACCAACUUCAUUAGGGAAGCUGGCACGUCUUACUGAAUUGCAGAUGGGUGGUAAUUUUUUCUCUGGCAAUGUCCCUUUUGAGCUUGGUCAACUCACUGCUCUUCAGAUUUCACUCAAUAUCAGUCAUAACUCUCUUUCUGGCACAAUACCUCAGAACCUUGGGAACUUGUUGAUGUUGGAAUCACUUUACUUGAAUGAUAAUCUACUUGAUGGAGAAAUUCCUGCAUCAAUCGGCCAGUUAGUGAGCCUCUUGGUCUGUAAUCUUUCUAACAAUGGCUUGUUUGGGGCUGUUCCAAACACUCCCAUUUUUAGAAGGAUGGAUCCUAGCAACUUUGCAGGAAACCAUGGCCUAUGCAUUUUGGAUUCAAAUUCAAACCAUUGUCAACCACCUUCAAUCCCGCGAUCUAGUCAACAUUCUGGCUGGUUCAAAGAUCGGUUCUCAAAGGAUAAAGUAGUGAGCAUUGUUUCUGCUACUGUAGGGUUUUUCUCUUUAAUCUUUGCCAUGGGUGUUUGUUGGGCUAUAAAGCACCGAAAACCAGUCUGUGUGCCAUUUGAAGAAGAUCACAUUAAGCCUGAUGUGUUGGACAAUUACUACUUUCCAAAGGCGGGAUUCAGAUAUCAGGAUCUUGUUGAAGCAACUCAUAACUUUUCAGAGGAUGUUGUGAUCGGAAAAGGAGCAUGUGGGGUGGUGUACAAGGCGAUCAUGGCUAAUGGUGAGGUGGUGGCAGUGAAAAAGUUGAAGUCCAGUGGAGGAGGUGCUGAUGUUGACCGUAGCUUCCUUGCUGAAAUAUCAACUCUUGGAAAAAUCCGUCACAAGAAUAUUGUGAAGCUUUAUGGUUUUUGCUACCAUCAGGAAUCCAAUCUUCUAUUAUAUGAGUAUAUGGAAAACGGGAGUCUAGGAGAACUACUUCACGGGCAAAAUCAUGCUCAUUUUCUUGACUGGGAUGCUAGAUACAAGAUCGCCCAUGGAGCAGCUGAAGGGUUAUGCUAUCUCCACAAUGACUGUAGACCCCACAUUAUCCAUCGCGAUAUAAAGUCAAACAACAUAUUAUUGGACAAAGUGCUUCAGCCUCAUGUCGGAGAUUUUGGUUUGGCAAAGCUGAUGGACUUCUCUUGUUCCAAAUCCAUGUCCGCUGUUGCUGGUUCAUACGGCUACAUUGCCCCAGAAUAUGCGUAUACAAUGAAAGUAACAGAAAAGUGCGAUAUCUACAGUUUUGGAGUGGUUCUUUUGGAACUUGUUACUGGGAGGCCUCCGGUUCAACCCCUUGAUCAGGGUGGGGAUCUUGUGACAUGCGUUAGAAGAUCGAUUCAUGGGAUGGUUCCAGUUUUGGAUCUCUAUGACAAAAGGUUAGACUUGAGUUGUAAAAGGACAACCGAUGAGAUGUCUCUCUUUUUAAGGAUAGCAUUGUUUUGCACUAGUCCAUCUCCACUCAAUCGGCCAACAAUGAGAGAAGUCGUAGCAAUGAUGAUUGACGCUAAGGAGGUCACCAGCAAUUCACUCUCAUCUCCAUCAUCAGAAACUCCUCUAGAUGAUGCUAAUUCUUGUAAAGGUUAUGUAGAGCCAGCAGAAAUGGGCACUAGUCCCUGGCAGUCUUCCUCAUCCUUGCGUCACUUGGAUUAUCUGAGUAAAUAAUGGUAUCUGGUAUGCUUGAUUUUGAUCAGCCAAGGUCAGACUAUCAUCUCUCAUUCUUAUUGUACAAAAAGAAAAGAAUAAAAAAGAUAAUGGAACAUAGUUUCCAGUUAUUGAAUGGGAACUUUCGCCGGGUUUUUUAAGUAAACUCAACAACCCUCAUAUCCUUCUAUGUCAUACCAAUUAGAAUACAUACAGAAAUGAUUCUCAUGACUCUGAAUUCAAGAUUAGAAUUUGUUCUAUUGAUCAUAACUUGUAUACCAACACUAAUCAUCAAGUUCCAACCUUUGUUUUCGGAUUCUAUUUAAAUUGUUCUUAAAAUAAUAGUAGACAAUUCUGCGAAGUUGAAAUUGGUUGGAAGUAGAAGUUGGAAGACAGGUUGUAUGCUAAUUAUUGAAGAUGGCUUAUGCUGAUUUUACUGGUUCAACUCCAGUAUUUUGAAAUAAAGUUCUUCUCUUCCUUGUC